GUUGUGUUUGGAGGAGAACAAAUAGACUCAUUACACUCUAACGGAAACACCACUAGGGAAUGAAUAGUUCACGUUACAGUCAGCUUCUGUAUCUCGUUUCCCUUUGAGCCAGCACUUGUUGAAAGAGUCUUUGUUCAGAGAAAGUUGGACCUGAUUGUAGCGUACACCUGUUGAGAGCAGGGAAAGAAGAAUACGUUUAGAAGUGUUAUGGAGAGAACAGAUUUAGAUUCACUCGGACAUGCUCAUUUCCAGCAUGUAGGGUAAGUUUAUACUGUGAGGAUUUAGUGUUUCUGGUCAUUUUAAAGGCAUCUUUGUGGGGUAUGUAUACUGGUUGUGAUAACUGUUGCCCAACAUUUUCAUAAAACCUACAGCCUGGAGUCCUAAGGAUCUACCAAUUGACAUGUAACAUUUUUACAUGCAGCAUCUGUUCAGUGCUGUUGUAUCUUCUUGUCCUCCAAUUGCUAUUUUUAUCUACUAGUUUCCUUAAUGUGAUCCAUGUAUAGAGAAAAAAAAGGAUUUGUCCUUUGUUUUAACAUUAAAUGUCUGUACUCAGUAUUUGAUCUGAAUAGAUGAAAAUGUUUGUGUAUCCACCUGAGCUUUCGUAGCACUUUCAUUAUCAGAAAAGGUUGUACUUUGACCAGUUUACUUUAAGGGGACCUUGUGUUAAAGACAAAUCAGUGUCAGAGUCAGUGUUUGUCCUUCCAUCAAGUGUGAAUCACACAAGUUGUCCGUCUCUGAUUGGAUAACGGGUAGGGUAUCCACUAGAUAGUUGCAGUACAUAGAGCCCUCCCUGACAGUGGAAAGAACAAGGUUAGUAGACUGUAGGGUUCUCUUAGCAGGUAUCAAGGAAAAUCCAAAAAGGCUGGCUGAAAUUUUGUCACAUAUGUGCGAGAGCAGAGACGCCAUAGCUCAUGGGAAUUGAAGCCUAAAAGAAGAAUUUUAAAGGCUGUGGAACUGAAGUGAGAUUGGAUAAGAUACUACUACUACAGUGCUCCACUGUGCAGUGUCAGUUGCACCAGAAGGAAACUUCCACUUACAAACAUACAGUGAACUGCAAACAGUCCACAGGGUUAAAAACCUCUUGCACAAUGCCUUGUGAUCGUUUCCCACCGCUGCUCCUGCUGCUGUUCCUAUCUGUGUUUGGGGUGUCCCACGCCUGCCUGCAGGACCCUGCUUCAGCCUACAGAUUCACCGGAACUGUAUGUCGCCUCACCUACCCUGCAGCUGUUGUGUUGAAUGAGAAAACCACUAAAGUGAUUGAGGCAGCGUUCCAACAUGCCAGAUACCCAAGUGUGAAGGGAGAGAAAUCCCUGCUCUUUAUAGGCAAAGUCAUAUAUGGCCUGGACAAUUUGGAGAUUCACAACCUGUCGAUUGGCCGGAGUGAAUUUGAACUGCGUCCAGCUGAAGGCAUCAGCAUGGAAAUAAGCAAUGUGUCCGCUGUCUUCAGGGGGACCAUCCAGUAUGGAUACGGCAGCUGGCUUGUCAGCGUUGCACAUUCAAUUGACUUUGAAAUUGAGUCUCAGAUUGAUCUUGGAAUCAACCCCAAACUUUACUGUGGAGAAGGGAAGGUAGCAGCAGACACAUCAGACUGUUAUCUGAAUUUUCACAAGCUCCAUCUGCAUCUGCAGGGCGACAAAGAACCAAACUGGCUGAAGAAGCUCUUCACUGACUUCAUCACCUUCACUGUCAAACUGGUCAUAAAGGGACAGAUUUGUAAGGAGAUCAACAAGGUGGCAAAUAUACUGGCUGACUUCAUACAAGACACAGCAGAGCACUUCCUCAGUGAUGGAGACAUCAGUGUGGAUAUCGGUGUAACUGCUGCUCCUGUUAUCACUGCUAACUACAUCGAAUCAUACCACAAGGGGCUGACCAACUAUAACAACACUUCCGCUGUCAUCAAUGACUCUGUUUUCCACCCCAGUCAGCUGACUGAAAACAGGAUGCUCUACUUUUGGUUGUCAGACCAGGUCUUAAACCCCAUGCUUACUGCUGCCCACCAAGAUGGCCGUUUCCAAUUCAACGUCUCUGGAGCAGAUCUCACUGAACUUUUCAAGACAAAUCUCUCCAGUGCUAUGCCUGAUUUUUUUCAAAAGUGUCUGCUGGAAUCAGGUUCUCCAGAGCUAAGAGUAUGGAGUUCAUCUGUUCCCUACCUAAACACCUCCACCUUGGGUACGGCCGUGUGGGCGAAGGCCUCUGGGCAGCUCCACUGCGGGAGUCAAGGCACACCAACACUCUUCUUUCAAGCGGAUGUGGCCAUGGACGUCACAGCUUCCUAUGCUGACAAGAAACUCUUUCUGCAGGGUAACGCGUCAGAGAUCUUUGUAUUCCAAGCUGAGCUGCCCUUACAAAAUCAACAGCAGCUGGAUGAGACACAACUGGAGUUCAUAAGAGAAGCUGUGGAGAAGAUCGGCAUUCCCAAGGUCCUGUCUGCUCUUGAGAUUGAGAUAACCAGGCUGUUGGACAAACAGGGAACAAACUUAUUUGACAUCUUCAACCCAGAGGUGCUUCCUCAGGAUGGCUUUGUGGUGAUUCAGAUGGAUUUUGGUUUCCCUCAUCACCUCCUGGUUGAGUUCCUCAAGAAGACACUACAGUAACUGGGCAACCCUUAAGCAUUUUGGGACAGAUUUGUUAGUGACUUGCUUAAAAGUGUUGCUCAUAUAGAAAAUGUACCCUUUACAGUGAUUAUCAACAUGUGUGAGCCGUAUAAAACAUGCCUCUGUUGCAUUGUAGUAGCACAUUUAGAUUUUGACUAUUUUGAUGUAUUUUGAUCAACGUUUUGUUUAGAUGAAACAACUUACUCAGCUCUUUUUGUAAAGUCUAGAUGACACAGGUCACACAUGAUGAGUGCAUGACACCACAUUUGGAAAAGGAUAACACAUUUGGAGGUGUUUACUUUUAAAUGUGUAAAAUGUGUAAUUCUCACUCUUCAUUUAGUUUGUUUGCUAUAUGUAAAGAAAGUGUGAGCUAAGCAGUUUUAUAUUUAUACAACACAUUUGCUUGAUUAUCAGAGCACCAAAAUGUUUUUGUUUUUCUUUCUUUGUCUCUGUGGGGGUUGGGAGGGGGUAUAAUUAAAAUACAACCGGUGCUAAUGGCUAAAGUAGGUUUUUUGUCUCAAUAUUUUGAACAUGAAUCAAUUUAAUUUUGUAAAUGUUAAUUAGUUAAAUAAAGUGCUAAGAGGCCUUUGGAGAAAGAAGCAAA